UCGGAGGUUCAUUGACGUCGAAGAAUGGCGGGAUACGGCGAGCAUCGCGAUUACGGCGGGAACUAUCGCAGUUCUGGACGAGGAGACCGAGGGAGUUACGAGCGUGAGGAAAGUGCUGGUGGUGGGAGUGAUAGGGGUUCUGCCGGUAGGCUGAGUUUCAACAUUUAUUCUAGUGGGGGUAAUAUCUGGCAGACGACCUGGAAGGCGAUCUCGAAGGCCUUCGGUAGUACAAAACUAACCCUGGGAUCUGAGACACGCACACUUAAGCAUUGCAAAGCAUGGCUCGAGGGAGGAGGGCGAUUUGCGGUGGAAUAUUUAGUCCAAUGGAAGCCACAGUGUCGUUAUCUGAAGGACACACUGACACGGCUGUUGAGGCAACCGAAUUCUUUGACUAACUUAUACAAAUGGGGCAUGCGAUCUUUGUUGCGUCUGUAUAAUGCGGCCAAGGACUUCACGCGGAAAUCCACUAGGAAAUAUCUCCGUCGUCUGAUAGCUCGUGUGUUCUUGAGGAAAUUUGACCUUAGUCUUAGUGCUGACCUACUUAUCAAGAUUAAGUUCGAUGAUAGACUGAGGUUGUGUGAGCUUCGUAAGGUGGUUAAUGAUCUGCUAAUGACGUGUGAUCUGCCUACUUGUUUUUUGGGACGUGCACGAAAGAAGGCUCGUAUUGUCUGGCAGAAGAACCAGACAGUGGGUGAGCUUUUGCACAAUCAUCGAGCGUUCGCAGCUCGACCGGUGCUGACCUGCAGUUGUGCAGGCCUACCCUAUCCCAGAGUGGAUGGGCAUGUGCAGUUCCGAUUGAAUAAGGAUAUGGUAGAUAACCCGCUGUUAGCAAACGCUAGGAAUAUCCCCAAGGUCAGUAUUACGAACCGAGUGAAGUUGUUGAGUGACGAAAUUCGUGUUGGGUUUCAAUCGUGGAGGAAUUUGCAAGGGGUAUUACCCACUGUCUCCGAGGGGAUGUUGGCUGAAUGUUUUAUGGACUGUAAGGCUCAAUCGUAUUCCGAACUUUCAGUUGACGAAGUCCACGCGGCGAAGAAGCGCUUUGAUGGCCUAGUACUUACCCCGCUGGAUCGCAAUCCUGGGGAGACUGUGGUCAUGUGCCCGAUGAUUUACUAUCAGGCAAUGAUAAGUACGUUCGUCUUGAAUCCCGGCUACACCAUCAUGCAGGUGAAUGAGGGAGUGGUCCUGAGAGAGUUACGGGAAGAUGUUAACGCCGCUGGACUUCGGAAAUUUGCGAAAUGGGAGGGAAAGGGGCGGAUCGGGUCUGCGUAUGUUAUUCCAAAACAUAAGGACUUGACUCGUUAUCGCCCGAUCUGCCCCACGUACCUGGAACCAAUGGUGCGUACGGGGAGAGUGGUAGCAAGGGGACUCAAUUUCCUGCUGGGUAGGCUCCCGCGGGGCAGUCACUUCAAUCUUCCUGCGGUAUCUCAACUGACAUCCGCGCUCGGACGUAUCAACUCAAGUAUUAAUCAGCGUCGACGGGUCCCUGAUGUGAAGGCUACGUCCUAUGAUAUUAAGGACAUGUUUAGCCGGUUACCACAUCAGGAGAUCCUGAGAUCGUUGUCGUGGUUAUUGGAUUUUCAUAAGAUGAAGGGGCGCAGCUUUGUCAGAGUGAAUACGAGAGGGAAGGGGAGUUCUUUCGGAAGAACAACGGGUGCUGAUCACUGGAGGUUACUUUUGCUUGAUGAAGUCUUCGAGUUUGUACGAAUCGAAUUGCAGCACACCUACACCUUCGCGACCAGCGUCUUGCUCAGAAAGGAUGUAGGGAUCCCCAUGGGGAAGACUACGAGUCCCCCAUUGGCUUGUACCUUAUGCGCUUUUUUCGAAUGCAUGUUUUUGCGGAGCUUGGGGAAGUACGGUAGGCAGGUUUUUGGUAUCCGCCUCGUUGAUGAUGUAAUCCUGGUCAGGUACGUAAUGUACACGAUGAUAGGACUAGUAUCUGUUGGAUGGAGUUUUUCGUCAGGUAAUGCAGAUGGUGCUAGAUCGGGUGGCAUGAUCAAACAGGGCUGCUAUCCGUUAUGAGUGUCUGUGUAGUGUUAGCAGGGAGGUUCCGCCAGAGGCCGGUACGGCCCUGGUGCCCGGUUCCUCUAAGUUUC